CGGGGCCGGGGGCGGGCGGCGGCGAGUCGGGAUAAACACUCGGCGGCCGCUGCUGGGAUCCGGGCUCCGUGCCGUCCCAGCGCUGCCCCUUCUGGCUAGCCAGCGCGGCGGCUCCUCGGCGUUCCCGGCCCGCGACACGCGGGCAAGGAGAGGCGGCCCGCCGGGUGCAGGAUGGCGACAGACGUCGGGAUGAACAUCCAGCUGCUGCUGGAGGCGGCCGACUACCUGGAGCGGAGGGAGAGAGAAGCUGAACAUGGGUAUGCCUCCAUGUUGCCGUACAGUAGCAAGGACAGAGAUGUCUUCAAACGGAGGAACAAGCCCAAGAAGAACAACACCAGUAGCAGAUCAACUCACAAUGAGAUGGAGAAGAACAGGCGUGCUCAUCUCCGCUUGUGCCUAGAAAAGUUAAAGGGGUUGGUGCCGCUGGGCCCCGAGUCAAGCCGACACACCACACUGAGUUUGCUGACAAAAGCCAAGCUGCACAUAAAGAAACUUGAGGAUUGUGACAGAAAAGCUGUCCACCAAAUAGACCAGCUUCAGCGGGAACAGCGGCACCUGAAGCGGCGGCUAGAGAAGCUGGGUGCUGAGAGGCCUCGGAUGGACAGCGUGGGCUCUGUGGUGUCCUCAGAGCGCUCUGACUCAGACAGGGAAGAGCUGGAUGUGGACGUGGACGUGGAGAGCACAGACUACCUCACAGGGGACCUGGGCUGGAGCAGCAGCGUGAGUGACUCGGAUGAGCGAGGCAGCAUGCAGAGCCUGGGCAGUGACGAGGGCUACUCCAGUGCCAGUGUCAAGAGAGCCAAGCUCCAGGAUGGGCACAAGGCAGGUCUUGGGCUAUAGGAGAGAGCCGAGGGUUCUCUCCGCCACACCUGGUUAGGUAGUGUACCAGACCUGCCCAGAUGCCCUUGCACGCAAACCUCAUGUACCACCUUGACCAAAAUCAGCUCUGUCCAUUCUGCAGAAAGCACAUAGGUGUGGUUCCGAGUGCGGUCAAUAGCUUCUCUGUCCAUCCAUGUCGACGCUGAGAGACCGUACAUUCCAGUCAAUCUGAAGCACCCAAGAAUCCUUAGCCCUAAGCAAGUGUCACCUCUCAGUGGCCCCCUGUGUGCUGUCCUCCUGCAGCUGGCCAGGUCUGUCUUAGUUUUCCGGCUCAUGAUGGUACUCGCCCAGGAGAGAAGUUCAAGCUUUGUCUGGCACACAAGAAACCGAAGCAAACAAACUUCUCAAAGGGAACUCAGUUUCAGAAACCCCAAAGGAAGCUUUGAAAGCAAAACUGAAGAGCACUGAGAAGCCAGGAAUACCUCCAGCAAGCCCUGCUGCGGCCCAGCCGCGAUGCCACAGUGUCCCCGCUUAAGAGCGGGACUUGGCAGCUCAGGAGAACAGCAUGCCCCCUGCGUGCUAUUCUAGGGCCUGGCUGUGUGCUGUGUCUCAAGGCACCCCCACGCCCCAAGUUUGUUGAUGCUACUUGUCUCUGGAACAUUGUCCUACCUCAGAGAUAGACGAGAGCUCCAUUGCCCACAUAACAAAAGUAAUUAUGCUUCUUUGUCCCCAUAGCCCACUCCAACCUGUUUUCCUGUUGGACUCCCAGCAAUAACUGAGUUUUGGCACUGGCUGAGCUAGUAGCCAUUGUCUCUGAGAGAAAAAGGCCACAUUUCUUCUCUGUGGCAAAUAAACAGGAGGGAUCCCCUGUCACCAAAACCCUCCUGCUGAGUUAUUUUUGGACACAUCUGGAAGCUUCCUUCUGGAGACUUCUAGGUCGAUGGCUUAAAAGGAUAAUUUUUUCCCUUGUGGCAUUUUUAUUUAAGCUAAACCAGAGCACAUGUGUAUGUACAUAAGACACACAAAACCUAUAAAUACUAUUUAUUCAUUUUAUAUAAACUAAUGUAAUGGAAUAUAAAUUCUUAUGACUGCUUUUAUAGAUGUUCUAGAAACUUUGUAUGUAGCUGUCUACAGAAUGAGUUCAUUCCCCUGACUAUUUUUGCAUUUGUAUUUUGAGGUCUGGGUGUUUUCAGCCUCUGAUGAAUCUUUUUCAUUGAAUCCAAACCAUUUGUAAAAUCUGCCCUGCUCAGAGCUGAGCCUGUGUCAUGGAGUAAUGGAACAUUCCUGAGAUCCACAGGUACCACCUAAAGCCUCCGUGGCCGACUUGACAGCAGGUGGCUACAGUCACGCAGCUCUCCUCAGAUGCAAACAGACAUUAGCAGAGAAGUGCAGUCCUGACUAUACAAAGCCACUUUGUGGAAGUCACAGGCUCCUUAAUGAUCCUGAAGUCCUGUUUUUGCCUUUCCCCUUGCUGGAGUGUCACCCCAAUACCAGCUGAAAAUUAGCCCCAAAUACAGCUUGGAGCCAUUCCCAUUUGUAAAGCCCAUUCUCCAAUCUGAGCAGAGGUUCAAGGAGCUGGCCAGGUCUGUCCUUUGUCAAGAAGAUACAGCUGUGCCUUGAGGUCCCCUUCAGUCCCCACCAGACAGACCCUGAGUCUGCUCACUGUGUCCAAGCCUUCAGAAAGUCAAGACCACAGGAGAAGCUUGCGGGCUGCACAGGGUGGGUAGGGAACAAAAUUGUGCACAUGUUUCUUUCACUUAGAAGGCAUCUGAGAGAUGCCCUUACUUUCUGUGUUCUAAUUGUUUCACCUUUGAGUUAAACUGCUUUUUUUUCUUUUCUUUAAUUAUUUUUUUUUAUUUUUUGUCUUUUGGUUGAAAUAUGAAGUGUACUGUCCCUACAUAAAGCAGUAAUUAUUUGACCUUUGCCCUGUUUGUCUGGUCCUUGCAUCUAUGUGUGGCAGAUCUCUGUAUUUUUUAAAGCACUUGUGACAGGCUAACUGCCAAGGUCAGGCCUGGCUUUGGAAGUUCGAGACUCACUGAGCCAGUAUGAUAGGCAGACUUUUUUCUGACCAAAACUGUAGCUUUGGGGGGACCUGCAAGCUCAGCCCAGGGCAGCUAAUUCCCACCCCAAUCUUUCCUUCACUGAUCACCAGCACGUCAGCCAAGAGCUAGUCUUGAGGUGGCAUUUGUUUUCUUAAGAAAAAUGAAAAGCCUUUCUAUUAAGAUGGGGGCGGGGGGACAACAUUAAAACUUAGACAUUGUAUAUGAACAGAAAUGUGUCAGUGAAAGUGCUUGCAUAUUUUUAUGUGAAAGUUACUUUUGAAACUAAAAUCGAAGCUGCACUCACUGACACUGUCACAAUGCAAGUGGGAAAAGGGACUCGCCACCAACUUAAUUCAUGCCACAAGGAAGCAUUUGCAUCGGCCUGGAAAGCACAGGACUGGCUUUGGGUGCACACCCAGCAUCCAGCAUGCUUUGACUUGGGUUUUCUUUCGCUGACCAGGUAUCUCGAAUUGAAGGCCAGCCGCCUCUAUCCUUGGUGACUUGCUGCUGCCUUAGCAAGGCCAACAGGGUCUCAACAGGACCUAGAUUCUCCCUCUUGACCGUAGGCUGGAACAACUCCUGCAGGGAUAGUGAGUUGGGCAGGCCCAACCUGUAGUGGCUGCUGGAGUACUUUUAUUGUUUGGUUUUAAAGUAGUGGUUUUUCAUCUACCCCUUGCUGUGUUCAACAGAAGCGGAGUUUUCCCUGUCUUUCCUGUGGCCUUUCUCCCCAUCUUUGAUGUGGCCAAGGGCAUUUGGGGUCUAAGAACACAGGAGAUGGCAUAUGAUACUCAAAACCUUCUAGCAAUAUCUUGAGGACUUGACGAUGAGUUUUGUGGACUUUUCCCCUCUUGCCUUCUUCCCUGUCCCUUCAAGAGAGAACUUAUUUUUUGAAGAACAUAUAUAGACACAUUAAGGUUUUAUACCAUGCUGCAUUGGCAGGGAUACCACUUUUAUUGUGCUCUGUAAUUUAUCACUGAAAUUGGGUUUUCUGUUUCUUUUCUGGGGUGGCUACAUGGUUCUGUCUUCCUACUUUACCAUCCCUGUGUGUUUUCUGUGAUUUCUCUGUGUCUCUGGUAUUUCAGUAGCUGCUAUCGUGCUUUUUGGGAGAAGGCAACCCUGCACCCUUUGCUGGGUGCAAGCUUCUCUCGUUCUGUGUGCCCAGGGCGCUGGAGUAUGCAGCAUGUGUGUUUUCAAAGAUCCUGGGUUGAGGUGGUAUGAAAUAUGAUUCAUCAGUACUUCUCAUAAUUUUCUUUUACUGUGGUCUUCUAAAAGAAGAGAUAAUUGAUUGGCACCAUUACAUUUGGAUCAUGGAUGGCCAAGGAAAUUGAGUGUGUAUGGUAUCUCAAAAUCCCACAAAGAGAAAUUAGGAAGGCGCUCUGUCCUGAGAUCUUAUCUGGAUUUCUUUCUUUGAGUUCCUACUCUAUCUGGGAGGACAGUGGGCCAAGCAGGCAGUCUUCAUUUUAGCUUUGAUCUAAAAGCCAUGCUUGCCUCCACCACGGUCCCUGGAAUUGGUGCUCCUGCAGUGUUGCUGAGUGACUAACUUGGGGAACCAACUUUCUAAAGGUGAACAGCCUCCACAGGAGAGCCGCAGGUGAAGAAUGGGAAGCGUUUCCAGAUGUUUCUUUAUGUAAAUAUGGUGCCAAUGUAAACCUGUGUUGAGACUGGGGAGAAUGGUGCUCUUUGGGGGGUGGGGGCUGCAGUUAGCACUUGUGUUUUUAGAAACCAUCAUGAUUUAGAGACUCCUUGCUGUGUGUAAACUUAAUGUGUCCGUUCAUUAACAAAUAAAUUAUUUCAUUAUUAAAGAAA